CUGAUGUGAGCAGCAUGUGGACCCGCUGUGCCUUCCUGGAUGGGGUUACGACCUCAAGCAAUAAAACCCUAGCUUUUAAUAGAGCACAUGCAUUAACAACCUUUCGUUCAUCAAUCCACUCCAAAAUCCGCACCUGAUGUGUCCUAGUACUUCACUGAUCCUCAAUUGUAGCGUUCAUCUCAGAUAAGCGCAUCACUUUUGCGCGUGCAUGGUCGCGAAGACCGACUUCGAAUGAAAAGAUCGUUUUCCAGCCUGCAAAAUUCUAUACUCCGCUAUUGACAAUGUGCCGUCAAUUAACUAAUUAAUGGUCAAGGGAUAUGUUCCAGCCCUUGGCACGAAUUUUAAGUUGCACGUAUGCGGAUUGGGCCAUCUAGCACAAGAACAUCACUAGAGAACACAUCAUCAAGCGACGCAAAUCAGCAGUCAAAUCUAGGCAGCCAAACUCGACCUUUUAUCGGAUAUUAACUCCGUGUUAUGGACAGUUCUGGAUUUCUGUCUCCUAAGGCGAACGCUUUUUCUAUUGCACACUUGAUCGACAGAGCACAACUCGCGGACUUAGCAUUUUUGCGCCAGAAUCCGAACUACCACUGGAACUCGCAAAUACUGCUUCGCGAAAUGGAAGAGCGCCUCAUGAACGUAGGAACAGGGAAGAGAGCGCCCAUGAGAGGGGUAAAUAACCAGCAGCUAAUGCCGGAGGAGUCGGACGAAGAAAGCGACGCAGGUAACUCCCCUGCCUCGAGUCCUCCGCCAGUCCAAUCUUCUUGCUCGCAAGCCGCCGCGUCAAGGUCAUUAUGCAACGGACUGAUAAAUGCACGAGUAGACUUGGAAAUGAAGAGCUUGUGGGAGGAAUUUCACUCACUGGGAACAGAGAUGAUUGUGACAAAAGCGGGAAGACGUAUGUUUCCUACUUUCCAAGUACGCUUACAAGGAUUGGACCCCUCGUCCAAGUACAUCCUAAUGAUGGACUUUGUACCUGUGGACGACAAACGUUAUCGCUAUGCGUUUCACAGCUCCAAGUGGCUGGUAGCAGGAAAAGCAGACUCCAGUGUACCCGGGAGAGUACACAUUCACCCUGACUCACCCUGUACUGGACAGCAAUGGAUGAAACAAAUCGUGUCUUUUGACAAACUCAAACUGACCAACAACCUCAUGGACGACAACGGACAUAUUAUCCUCAACUCGAUGCACAAGUACCAGCCUCGAUUCCACGUGAUUCUCGACGAAUCAGAGAAAGGAAGCUCUAGAGCAAAUCUCCAUGAAAUGAACAAGGAUCACCUGCGCACCUUCAUCUUUGCUGAAACGCAGUUCAUGGCCGUCACAGCUUAUCAGAACCACAUGAUAACCCAGCUCAAGAUUGCCAGCAACCCUUUUGCUAAAGGCUUCCGGGACUGCGACCCCGAUGACUGUGUAAUGGAAGUCAUGAAGCAACUUGACCAAGGAGAAAUAGCAGCGACAGCUCGUGCCAGGUUACAUGGAGACAUGGUAGCUCAGAGAAACGAGGUCCAAGUACCUCGUCCUCAGGCCCCCCGGCCAGUGCCUCCUGCUAUGAAUCCAGCUUUUUCGUAUCCUGGUCCGUAUGAAAACAGAGGAACUCCGCUGACCCACGUUCCCAGAAGCCUUCCUAAUUCUUCGCCGCCAGGAGGAUACCUUCCCAUGAUGCCCCAAAUGAUGGGACACGUGGGACCUAGUCCGAUGUCGCCGACAUCUCCGACCAGCCCUGGAUAUGGUCAGCGUACUUACCAAUCUCUGCGCAUGCACAGGGCAAUGCCAUAUCCCACAAGGCAAAGCAGGUCUUCUUCUAGCGAUGAAAGUAUCCAAUAGUAAAUGCACUAGUAAUUUAAAAAUUGGAUUGAAACUGGAUUUUACGAAGAGAACUUUUCAAAGUAGAAGUUUCUCAGACGAUUGUUUUUGUACAUAUACAAAUUUAAUAAAGAAUUUGUUUUCAAUUUA